UUUAAUUCCUUCCAAAUUUAGAAAAAAAACAUUAAAUUCGACUCCAAAAAAAAGUCUCACUCCUCCGCCACUUCACAGUUAGCAAUCGAAGCUCGCAAUUCCUGAAACGAGAACAUGGGUUGUGCUUCUUCUAAUCUCUUCAACCACAACGACGAGUUCUCCCAACUCGGCAGCUCCGCGCUGAGCCACCACAUCGUCUCGCUGACUUCCUCCACCUACGGCCUCCUUACUCUCGACCCGCCGCUGCCUGCGCCCACCACUCCGUCGACACCCCCUUCUCGAUUCACUCUCGGGUCCAUUUUCCCGAGCCCCUUGUCCCAGCCCAAGUCGCUCGAGUCCGAACCCAAGUCGCUCUUGUCCGACCCGAGACCGCUGCCUUCCGACCCGGAAGUCAUUAACUCAUGGGAGCUUAUGGACGGGCUGGACGCCGACAGUUUCAGAUUCUCGCCGCUUCCGCCGCCCAAACCGUUCGUUUUCUUAGACCCAAAAACCCUCGAUAAAGAAAACUCCAACCCGAAUCGCGCAAUUCUCAAAUCUCCGUACGAAAGGGUCUUCCGGGUGAACAACAAGAAGGACCCACUUGACCGGUUCGAGAAAACAUGCCCGCCGGGCGGAGAAAACAAAGUCGUUGUCUACACGACGACGCUGCGAGGAGUGCGGCGGACUUUUGAGGAGUGCAACGCCGUCCGGGCAGAGAUAGAAGGCCUCGGGGUGAUGAUUGUCGAGCGUGACGUGUCAAUGGAUCGCGGGUUCAGAGAAGAGUUGAGCGACUUGAUGAAGGGGAAAGGGAAGGAGGCGGCGGUGCCGCCGCGGGUGUUUGUGAAGGGGAGAUAUAUAGGCGGCUCUGAGGAGGUGCUGAAGAUUUUGGAGGAGGGUUUGCUGGGUGAGAUUCUUGCUGGGUGUCCAAAGAAAAAAGCUGGGUCAGUGUGUGAAGGGUGUGGGGAGGCAAGGUUCUUGCCCUGCUUCCAGUGCAAUGGGAGUUCAAAGAUGGUGCUGAUGGUGAAUGAUGAUGUGGCGGGGCAGCGGAAGGGGACGACGGUGGUGACGAGGUGUCCUGAGUGUAAUGAGAAUGGGCUGGUGCUUUGCCCAAUUUGUAGCUGAAUGGUGAAGAACAAGAGAUGCAAAGAUCUCUGUUUUCGUGUCGAAAUUGUGUUUAAGCAUUUUCUUCUAUCUUAAAGUUGGGGCUUCUUUUGAGUUUCUGAUGGAAACCAAAGGCUUCUAAUUCUGUACUCUACUCUCUUGUUUUUAUGUUGAUAGUUAUAUAACUUAUAUAUAUAUAUAUAUAUCUGCUUUUGAUUUGUGAA